AAAACCCCCCGCGUGAUGCGGAUUAGCUAAGAUUUCCGUCCAACGGUAAAGCAAAAACCAGGGGAGGGUAGCCACACGUACGCCCCGCACGCCCCCAUGAAGCUGUUCGCCUUCGUGAGGCGCGCGCGCCGGUCGCCGCCGCCGCCGCCGCCGACGUCCACUGCGCCGGCCGUGGCGCCCGAGGACGCCACGGCCGCGUCACCUGCGGAGAAGCGGCGGCGGAGGCCUUCAUCGUCGGGUUCGGCGUCGUGGAAGCCGACGCUGGGCGCCAUCUCCGAGGACGCCGCGCUGACGACUGCGGCGCAGGCGGCGACGAAGGAGCAGGCGAAGCCGGCCCCCGCGGCGAAGGCCAAGGCGAGGUCGCCGCGUCGCGCCGCUCGGUCGGCGAGCUACGAUGACUUCGGGAACUACGGGCCGCCGACGGUGCUGCCGGCGUUCACGCCGACGGCGUUCCUGUUCUGAGCCCCGGCGAGCCGGGGACCGUGCGACGACGGCGACGGCGAAGGACUGGCGGGCGGGUGUGUGCGUCUCCGUGUCGUUGUGGCUUGACGGUGGCUGCUCUGCUUUGUGCUCCCAACCUGACGCUCGCAAAGCUGGUGCCACUUGGGUUGUGCUUGUGCCUUUCAGUUCCUAGGAUGUGCAUACAACUCCGCUGUUUCAGCUCGUCUCGGUGUGCUCCAGCGAUCGAGCAGCAAAAUCUGCCCCGUGGCUGUUUACUGAAAUCCAUCCUGUUUGGAUCCAAAUGCUAAUGGAUGAAAAUACUAAACUUUAGCACUA